AGGCAGCAUAAUAAAAUCUCGCGAUAGCGCGCUCAGACCCGGUAACAAUGUGAACGCGGGUGCGCGAGAAAAAUCUUGCUAGCGCGAACGUGCUGCCUGCGACCAACCGGUGUGUCUUUCAUUAAAAACAACAGGAUUGUCCUUAUUUACCUAGAGGAAGUUCCGAAAAUUCUCAACGGCUCUUAAACGGGAUCACACAAGUCACCUAAUAACAAACGAUAUACCUGAACGGAAAAGGAAAAUCGACAAAAAUGUCCGAAAGCGCAAACUGCGUGGAACAGCGGGAAGAGCAGGCUGAAGUUGAAGACGCCGGAGGAGCGGAGGAGAAGUCUGACUCUUCAGAUGCUGGAAAAGAGUCCUCUUCAGAUGCAGGUGCUGAUGGACAAGAUGCCUCCUCCUCCUCAUCUUCCUCCAAAACUAAAGACUCUACUCCAGGUUAUGAGGAGAAAGUGCAAACAGACCGGACCAACAGAUUUGAGUAUCUGCUGAAGCAAACAGAGCUGUUUGCUCAUUUCAUCCAACCAGCUGCACAGAAGACCCCCACCUCACCGCUCAAGAUGAAACCGGGACGUCCUCGUAUCAAGAAGGACGAGAAACAGAAUUUGCUUUCAGCUGGAGACAACCGCCACCGUCGCACGGAACAAGAAGAGGAUGAAGAGCUUCUUAAUGAGAGCACAAAGACCACAAAUGUGUGCACUCGCUUUGACGAGUCUCCCUCCUAUGUGAAAACAGGGAAGAUGAGGGACUAUCAGGUCCGUGGUCUGAACUGGCUCAUUUCUUUGUACGAGAAUGGAAUCAAUGGUAUCCUCGCCGAUGAAAUGGGAUUGGGUAAGACUCUCCAAACUAUUGCACUGCUGGGCUAUAUGAAGCACUACAGAAACAUCCCUGGUCCUCACAUGGUGCUGGUUCCCAAGUCCACCCUCUACAACUGGAUGAAUGAGUUCAAGAGAUGGGUGCCUUCCCUUCGUGCUGUCUGCCUGAUCGGAGACAGAGAUGAGCGGACUGCCCUGAUCCGAGAUGUGCUGCUGCCUGGAGAGUGGGAUGUGUGCGUGACAUCCUACGAGAUGCUCAUCAUUGAAAAGGCGGUGUUCAAAAAAUUCAACUGGAGAUACCUGGUCAUUGAUGAGGCUCACAGGAUCAAGAACGAGAAGUCAAAGUUAUCAGAAAUUGUGCGUGAAUUUAAGACCACCAAUCGUUUGCUGUUGACUGGAACACCCCUGCAAAACAACCUCCAUGAGCUGUGGGCUCUCCUGAACUUCCUGCUGCCUGAUGUCUUCAACUCAUCAGAAGACUUUGAUUCCUGGUUUGACACAAAUAACUGCCUGGGUGAUCAAAAGUUGGUUGAACGUCUUCACACUGUGCUGCGUCCUUUCUUGCUUCGUCGUAUCAAAGCAGACGUGGAGAAAACUCUGCUCCCCAAGAAGGAGAUCAAGAUUUACGUUGGCCUGAGUAAGAUGCAGCGGGAGUGGUACACAAAGAUUCUGAUGAAGGACAUCGACAUUCUGAACUCGGCGGGUAAAAUGAUCUCCAUCAAUGUUUUCAAUGAGCCCAACAGCUCAAAGUUCAUCUUUAUGUUGAGCACCAGGGCUGGAGGUCUGGGUAUUAACCUGGCAACAGCAGAUGUAGUCAUCCUCUACGACUCAGACUGGAACCCUCAAGUCGAUCUUCAGGCCAUGGACCGAGCUCACAGGAUUGGUCAGCAGAAGCAGGUCCGAGUUUUCCGUUUCAUCACUGAAAACACAGUGGAGGAGAGGAUUGUGGAGAGGGCCGAGAUGAAACUGCGCCUGGACUCGAUCGUCAUCCAGCAAGGGAGACUUGUGGAUCCGAGUGCAAACAAACUGGGUAAGGAUGAGAUGCUCUCCAUCAUCCGCCACGGUGCCACACACGUGUUUGCUUCCAAAGAGAGCGAGAUCACAGAUGAUGACAUCGAUGCCAUCCUGGAGAGAGGUGAAAGGAAGACUAUGGAGAUGAAGGAGAGAAUGUCAUCGCUGGGCGAGAGCUCUUUGAGAAACUUCACCAUGGACACGGAGAACACCAGCGUGUACACCUUCGAAGGAGAGGACUACAGAGAGAAGAAGAAGGUCAUUACAAACUGGAUCGAGCCGCCCAAGAGAGAAAGGAAAGCCAAUUACGCGGUGGAUGCCUACUUCAGAGAAGCUCUGCGAGUCAGUGAGCCCAAAGCACCAAAGGAGCUCCAGAGGCGAUGCAACACCCUGAUCACCCUGAUAGAGAGAGAGAACAUGGAGCUGGAGGAGAGGGAGAAGGCGGAAAAGAAGAAACGGGGCCCAAAGACCGGCUCGGCGCAGAAACGAAAGUCAGAGGGAACUCCAGACGGUCGAGGACGAAGGAAAAAGCUCAAGUUGUGAAGCUGCUGGAAAAACCCGCAUUAACAGAAUUAAAGACGGCAGCCAGCUAUCAUUA